AUGUUAGGUUCUUUCUUACUUCAGGUAAAUAAAUCUUUACAAGAUCGUCUGCGCCGAGACAGAAUCAGCAGAAGCGUGGAAGAGCUGAGAGAUUUGGUACUCGGGCCCUCAGGAGUGCACGUGAGUGAUGAUGGCUGCGCAUGCUCAAAAUGGGUGGAAUAAAAAUAAUAAAAAGAAAAUGGGGUCUUUACAUAGUUAACUAUUCAAUGUGACUUAUGGGGGUGUAAUAAAAUAAAGGGGUACGUGAUGGGUAGCAUGAAAAGCGUGAAAUAUAGGGCAAAAAAAGAAAGAUAAAAAAAAGGAAGUAAGAAACAUUCUAUGAAAUUACAUACUCAAGGAGAUUUACAAGGCAUCAAUUAGCUUGGUUUAUCAUCUGUAGUGGACCUCAUUCCGAAUCCCUAUAAACAUCGUCUCUAGUUUCUGAAUCAUCUUCACCACUAACCAUCAAUUUCCCUCGGAAGAGCAUGCCUCACUACAGAAAAUUGAAAAACAAACCAAGAAAGACUUUUAAACAAACAACCAAAGGUUACUUUGCCUGCUAAUUCAUAUUUAGCUUUUUCCAUUCGUCUUUUCUCUGAUACCAGUGACCGGCACGAUUAUUGCAUAUUAGAUCUCUACACGGUACGGAAAGGAUGAAUUCAAGGAGGUCCCCGAUCACUGCUGUUGUUAAUAUGUCCCUUGACCGUCCACCUUACUCAUGUUCAUACAAAUUAGGUUUGAUCAAUUGAGAUUACAGUCGACUCUCUCUUAAAGGACACCUCUGUAAAACGGACACCUAGAGUUGGUCCCUGCCUUUGCUUAUUCCCUUUAUUUGAUUCUUUAGAAGACGGACAUCUCUCUAAGACGGACACUUAGUGCCGGUCCCAAAGGUGUUCGUCUUGGAGAGAGUUGACUGUAUAACUUAACCCUUUAAGCCCUAAGAGUGAUCAGCGUCAAAUUUCUCCAUGUAAUAUCACUGCUUUGUAAAACACAGUGGUCAUGAGAAUUAAGGACAUGAUAACACAAGAUGAAUCUUAUUGAUACUUCAACAAAUUCUCCCCACUACUGCUAUUGAAAACGUAUAGGGAUAACAAAUGAGAAUUUGAAUUUUGAUGUUAGGGUUUAAAGGGUUAAGGAAGCCAUCGUACUGAGUUACAAAGGUGACGUCUGCAGCGCGCUAGCCCCGGAAUCAACAAUAGUACGAAUGCCGGCUUAUGCUAGAAACCCCAUGGCUCGGUUACUUCAUAAAUUGAUCGAUGAUAGUAAAGGCUUGUUCUUGUUUCACCAGGUAACGCAUUCCAAAGCGAAAAAGCCUCUAAAGAAAAUAAUUUCGUCAGAAAAGCUUACGCAGAUAUUCUCAAUAUCAAAUUGAUUCCUAAUUCCUACCUUUUUCAGGCAAAAAUAGGUAAAGAGGAUAUUCUAAAGCUCACAGUGCAGUAUAUAAGGAACGUGAGGCGAAAAGGUAAGAUUUAGCUUUUAGUGCGGCCAGUAUCAAAAAAUACUCAGUAUUAAUAAUAAUAAUAAUAAUAAUAAUAAUUGAUGAUGAUGAUGAUGAUGAUGAUGAUGAUGAUGAAAAUUGUGACAGCUUCUUGGCAUAAGCUUUGUUUAGAAAUUGGCUUCAGUAGUAAAAAUGGUUUUUCUUGAUGGGUAUCUUUCUUUUGCAUUGCCCUUUUUAUUUUCUUUAAUGAUGUCAUUUUUUUUCCAUCCUUUUAACAGAACUCAUGGGAAUUGCUACCGAAAACAAAAUAUCAGAGGAAACAGAAAACAACAGAGACACCGAUCUUAAGAAAGCAGGGAACGAAUUUAAAACAAAACAAAACGCAUUUUGGACAGAAGAGCGUAUCGAAACAGCUGAAUGCAACGCUGUAUCCACAACAGAAGGUGGAUCAGAUAAGACCAAGGCGCCUUGUCACGAGAACGUCAAUUCAUUACAAAUGUCUCCCAUUCAAACACAUGAGGGUGUAUUUCAGCCUCUCAUGCUACGAGAUACACCGAGCAUGAUUCAUCCAAACAUCAUUACUCACAAGAGGGUGCCUUUCCGAGUUAUAGACUGCAACAGUAAACAGGCGACUUGCAAACAAACGAUAUGGAGACCGUGGUGA